UAUAAAUACUCAAAUUCCCCCAAUUUCUCAUCUUCUUACUUGCCCUAAUUUUCCCCAAUUGAAAACCUAGGGUUUAUGUUUAUCUUCUUCGAUUCACGUCUUCCAUUCAAUUGCGAGUCAUUCAACAAGAAUUAUCAAGUCAAUAAUCAUGGUUCGAGCCGUUAAAGGCGAACCGAGCGACGUUAACCGGAGGAACACGGAGCAGAAUAAUGAUCGUGUUGAAGAGGAUGACGGUAAUGGAGUGGAACGUAGGGUUCUUCGAUCUCGGUAUCUUGCCGUGAAGAAUCUGAUUAGCGUGAAGAGAGAUGAUAUUUCGAAAGUGGAUUCCGAUAAGUUUAACUCCAUUUUUGAUGAAGUUGAAUGCCUGCAUCAGCUAGUGCAGAAGCCUAGGGAACAAGUUGCUGAUGCAGAAGCGUUGUUAGACAUCACUAACACGUUAAUGACAUCUGUUAAGGCACAAGGCAGCGAAGGAAUGACUGCGGCAGAUUUUGUAUCUUGUCUACUAAAGAACUUUGGGCAAAUUGGUGGUGAUGAAGUUAGAAACUCUGUUAAGUGGAAGGACAUUGGUACCACUGUAUCUCAUGUUUUUCGCAACGGUGAUGGAUGUUGCACAAUGCUUGGGCCGAUGAAUUCUGAAGUCAAGCAACGGAAGGUUGCUGCACAAAGAAAGCAAUCAAGACCAACUGAAAAGGCUCGUCCGGAAGAGCUUGCUGCAAGUGUUACAGAAGAAAAGACCGACACGGAUAAAAACAUGGCAACAAUGUUUAAUGUUUUAAGAAAGAACAGAAAUGUCAAGCUUGAAAACUUGGUGUUGAACCGAAGCUCGUUUGCACAAACGGUUGAAAAUUUGUUUGCGUUGUCUUUUCUUGUUAAAGAUGGCCGGGCUGAAAUUAAAGUCAACGAGGAAGGAUGUCAUCUAGUUUCACCAAGGAAUGCUCCAGCUGCUAAUGCAGUCGCUUCAAAGGAGGUUUCUUACACUCAUUUUAUCUUCAGAUUUGAUUUCAGAGACUGGAAGUUGAUGCUAGAAUCGGUUAGUGAAGGAGAUGAACUCAUGCCACAUAGGACUCCAACUGCUGACACGUCAGCAAAUUCUCAACAAACAGAAAACGAAACAACUUUGCCCACAACACCAAUUAGAAAGUUAUCAAGAAACCGUGGUCUGGUUUUACAAGAACAGGCUGUUGUCGAGGACUCUCCUGAAAGUGGGGACUCGAGUUCAAGAGGUGACGGGAUUCGUCAGCGGAAGAGAAAGUUUAGGUAAGAGAGGGUUAAAUAUUGAGAGGGGUUAUUCUGUGGAGUAAUAUUAUGUAAAUGUAUAAUUAGGAUUAAUUCGGUGACUAGAUUUAGAGUGACAUUGCUAGUUAUGUACUGUGAUUAACCUUCAGCAGCUUGCUGGAGUGAGAUGUUGCUUUUGUGGAUGCCAUGCUGGCUACUUUUAGCUGAUGUGUCAUGUUAAUUUAUCCUAGUGUUAUUUAAAAAGGGUCUGAUGAUUGACUGAACCUUUGACUACUGCUCA